GAACCGUUGGUGUGAGGUCGGAGUAAGAGCGACGGCGAUUGGUUGAUGGAGCCUAGACCCCUGGAGGCGGGGGCAGCGCUGGGUCUGGAGGAGUUAAGGCGCAGCAAGAUGGCGACCGAGACGGUGGAGCUGCACAAGCUGAAGCUUGCUGAACUAAAGCAAGAAUGUCUUGCUCGUGGUUUAGAGACCAAGGGAAUAAAGCAAGAUCUUAUCAAUCGGCUGCAGACGUAUCUUGAAGAACAUGCUGAAGAGGAGGCAAAUGAAGAAGAUGUACUGGGAGAUGAGACUGAGGAAGAAGAACCAAAGCCCAUAGAACUGCCUGUUAAAGAGGAAGAACUUCCGGAAAAAACUGUUGAUGUGGCCUCAGAAAAGAAGGUGGUAAAAAUUACAUCUGGAAUACCUCAGACUGAAAGAAUGCAGAAGAGGGCUGAACGAUUCAAUGUACCUGUAAGCUUGGAGAGUAAGAAGGCUGCGCGGGCAGCUAGGUUUGGAAUUUCUUCUGUUCCAACAAAAGGUCUGUCAUCUGACACCAAACCUAUGGUUAACCUGGAUAAACUAAAGGAAAGAGCACAAAGAUUUGGUUUGAAUGUCUCUUCCAUCUCUAGAAAGUCUGAGGAUGAUGAGAAGCUGAAAAAAAGGAAGGAGAGAUUUGGGAUUGUGACAAGUUCAGCUGGAACUGGAACCACAGAGGAUACAGAGGCCAAGAAAAGGAAAAGAGCAGAGCGUUUUGGGAUUGCAUAAUGAAAAGUCCAUGCUUUCUGCCCCACAGUGGUUUCCAUUUCUCAAACUCUUGUUGGUUUUUAUACACACAACCUACACACAGUCAUGUGCCUCACAGUGAGGAAGUGUGUGCCUUAGAUAGGUACAUCCUUAAAUUCCAGCAGCAGUUUAAUUUAACUGCUACUCUGCAUUAAGGUUGUUAUAUUUUUGUUUUUAAUUAUUUUGAUUAUUAAUAAAAAGAGAAAGAAAAGA